GGAGGGGGAAAUAUAAACAGCGGCGUCUUGGGCAGAGCUGGGAUGCUGCUGCUGGACAGGCUGCGCUGCGGAGCAGAGGCAGCGCUCGGGGAGCUGAAAACUGAAGAUGGCAGAGCCUGAAAGCACAGUCAUAAACACCAAUGUGAAACAGAAAGACCCCAGCAAGGCGCUGGUCAUUGCUGUGACCACCAGAGCCAUCUUUAACCUGGAGCAGGAGCACAAACUCUACCUGGAGAGGGGCAAGGAGGAGUACACAAGGCACCAGGAGGCCAACCAGCACAAACCUCUCCCACCAGGCACAGCCUUUGCCUUCAUCCAGGCAGUGCAAUAUGUGAACAAGAAGAUGCUGGAGAGCAACCCAGCAGAGAAGGACCUCUUCGACAUCCUGGUGCUCUCCAACAACAGCCCAGAGAGCGGAGUGCGCAUCAUCAACAGCGCCAAGCACUACGGCCUGGAGAUCUCCAAGUUCUGCUUUGUCAGCGAUGAGGACUCCACACAGUACCUGAAGUCCCACGGGGUCAAGCUCUUCCUCUCAGCUGACAGGACAGAUGUCUGCAAUGCCCUCCAGAGAGGGGUCUCGGCAGCGCUCGUUUUCCAGCAAGAGGUGCAGGCCCCCAGCACCCCACUCCGCGUGGUGUUCGAUGGGGAUGCCGUGCUCUUCUCCGACGAGACGGACCAGAUCUUCCAGGAGCAGGGCCUGGAGGGGGCAGUGCAGUACGAGCGGGCAAUGGAGGCUGUGCCCAUGGGAGAGGGUCCCCUGAAGACUUUUGCCAUGCACCUUGGGAAGAUGCGCAGGAAGUUCAGCCAGGAAAAAUCCCCCAUCCGCACCUACCUGGUGACUGCGCGCAGCGGCCGGGACAUGGGCAUCCGAGCCAUCAAGACACUCCGGGAAUGGGGCCUGGCCAUCGAUGAGGCUUUCUUCAUGGAUGGGGCUCCCAAAGGCCCCAUCCUCGCCCAGAUCCAGCCUCACAUUUUCUUCGAUGAUGGGCUUCAUAACAUCCAAGGGGCUCAAAAUGUGGGUGUGCCCUCUGCCUGGGUCCCCCCCUCCUGCUGAUGGGCUGCAGGCCAGCAGUCCUCCCUCCCAGCCACACAGGAGACAGGGCCAGUUGGAGGCAAAAUUUCUGGUGGAGAAGGAGAGAUUUCCUGACAUGCAGCAAGUAAAUCUCAGGAAAAGGGGACAUGAGCGUGGACUCCCAUGCAAAACUUGAUGCUCAUUUCUGCUCCUGGUAUGAGGUCCUUUAGGUCUUAGGGUAAAGCUAAAAGAUGCUCUAGGAGAAAGACACCUUUGCUGUGACCCUGAGGACUAUACCUACCUGCCCAGUAGGACCUGGGGACUUUUCUCAAAGAAUUAAGUGAAGCUAAUGCCAUGCACAUGAGCUAAAGGAAGCUUUAAAAAUGGUAGCUUUGGCUGUUCUCAGGCAGUCUCCAAGAUGGAGCAGCACAGAAAGGACAUCAGCCUGUUGAGGCGAGUCCAGAGGAGGGCCAUCAAGAUGAGUAGAGGGAUGAAACAGCUCUCCUAUGAGGAAAAGCUGAGAGAAUUUGGUUUGUUUGGCUUGGAGAAGGCUUCAGGGUGACCUAAUUGCAGCCUUCUGGUACCUGAAGGGGCCUACAAGAAAGAUGGGGAGAUUCUGUUUACAAGGGCCUGGAGGGACGGGAUGAGGGGUAAUGGUUUCAAACUGAGAGUAGGUUUAGAUUAGAUAUUAGGAAAAAAUUCUUUACUGUGAGGGCUGUGAGGCACUGGAACAGGUUGCCCAGGGAAGGUAUAGAUGCCUCAUCCCUGGCAGCGUUCAAGACCAGGUUGGGUGGAGCUCUGAGUCUGAUCUAGUGAAAGGUGUCCCUGCCCACCCCCUACCCUCACAAGGGGGUUUGGAACUGGAUGAUCUUUAAGGUCCCUUCCAACCCAGGCCAUUCUAUGAUUCUAUGAUUUAUUCCCAGGUUCUCUGCCUAAAGGGAGCCCUCAAGACCCUGCCUCACCAGACAAACUCAGCUUGGUUUCCUGAGGACACUGAUGUGCUAGCAAGGCCUUCAGGCAGCUCCAGCCAAACUUAGAAGAGAAAGAUUUCAAAACUGUAAAGUACCUACAAACCUUUUAGAAAUGAGUGAACAGGUGGAAGAAAGAAAGCCGUUAUUAAGCUAUUCCCCCUUAUAGAAGAGAUUAUAGCACAGGUCAGUUUUCCUUAGGCAUGCAGAGAGACACAGACCUGUAGGACACUCUGCUCCCAGAGCUACAGGACAGCGGCAAGCUGCAGCCCAGCGCUGAGGUCCAUCCAGGAGACAGAGCUGCCACGUAGCUCCGAUGUCCCACCAGGAGAGGGCAGUGGAGAUGGGCUGCCUGCAGCACAAGCCAUGCAGGAGCCAGGGCUGCAGACCAGCCCCCGCAGGGGCCAGCGCAGGACUGCGUGCUGUGACCAAGCUAAAAUGGGUCUCCAGAACUGUGUGUGGAGGGCAUGGGUGAGGGUCUCAGGAGCAGCUGCUCCCUGCUGAUGGGGUCUGAGGGUGUGCUCAGUUCUCUGGCAUCAUGGCCCACCCCAUGCAGGGCAGCCUCUCCUCCGGCAGUUUGGACUCUGCUUCUCAUUUUCCUGGGGGAACAAGCAGCCCCCCAAGGUUCAUUUGCAGGUUUCUUUCCCCAGGGAGUUGCCACUAGAGGCCACUGUGCUGCUUGAGGACAUGGCACCUCAAAUCCCCACCAGCUCUCCAGAGUCACCUCAUAAAAAAACCCAAACUGGCUCCACAGGUGGCAGCAGGAUUAUGGACUGAGGAGAUAAAGACAACGCUGGCUUAGUUUUUUUAAUCUCAGCAUAAUCAUUAAUUUUUUUAAACGCUUCAGAAGUGUUGCUCUCUUUUCCAAUGCUUUUUCUCCCCAGUAAAUAAAUAAACAAGCA